CACUGAUCACGUGACUUUUAAAAACAGGAAGUUUCCACUCGCUCCUACGGAGAUUUGCACAUGAUUCGGAUGAAAAUCUGAAACGUGAGAGGAGGAGACCCCUUCACGUCUGCACUUAUCGGUUAAAUGGAAGGCGGCGUGACACCCACCUCGUCCAACAGGAAGCCGUCAGCGAUCACAGGAAGUGCAAGAAAGAUCAAAGACAACGCAGCCGACUGGCACAACCUGAUGAUCAGGUGGGACAAACUGAACGAGGAGGGGUUUAACUUCGCAACAAACAUCGUCAACAUGAGACGCUCUCAGAGAGAUCGGCUGGUUUUGGACGACGGUCCGUUUCCGUCGGAGGAGCCGCUGCAGGCGGUCGACGCGGCUCAGCUGCAGGAAGAAAGCUCCAAACUGCAGGAUGUCGUCGACAAAAUGGUUGCCAUGGUGAAGAAGAUGGAGCGUCUGAUGGAGCUGCAGCGAGGCGUUCAGGAACUGGAGGAGUUCCAGUUCGGUCCUGAAGGGAGGAGGGCUCCUCUGUUUCACAGCUGGACCACCAAAGACUUCGAGGAGAACUGCGGCGCCCUGCUGGUGGACUUCAGGCAGGAGCUGAAGCUGAAGCAGACGAUUCUGGAGGAACUGGCCCACACCACGAACUCUGACCUCAACGUGGUCUACCUGUCCUGCUGGCUCCACCAGCCGUUCAUCCAGACCCAAAGCAGACUCAGGCUGGAGGCUCUGCUGCUGGAGACCGGACACCGGGCGCUGUGA